AGAGAUGGAAUAAAAAAUGGAAGUUAUUACAAUUUUUCUUUUAUAUGCAGUGGGUACUGUUUCUUGUUUUCGGUUUUCCCGGUUUAUCUGUGAAGGAAUUUGUUCCACCCCGCUUGGAGAAACAGUGAUAACACUGUCCUCUGUACAAUGUGCAAGACAAUGCCAGAAAAAUGACAGUUGUCGUCUAUUUUUAUACAAUGAUAAACAGCAUCUAUGCCAGAUCAAUGGUAAAUAUUGCUGCAGUGGAUGGGAUGCUUAUUAUAUUGGUAAUUCAGCGCCACAAUUCAAUUUGAGCAACGUUUUUAAUAUCUAUACGCCAGCAAAUAAAUUAAACCCAUAUUACAGCCUUACGAAUUAUGGCGUCACCGGAUCAGACCGUUCUAAUCUAAUAAUGGAUAUCAAAGGAUGCAAGGAUGCUCAUUUUGGUUUAUCCAAAACUGAAAUGAGUGCAAUGAAACGAAUGGCGACUUAUGAAAUUGUGAUUGGUGGAUCGAACAACACGUGGACAUACGUCAGGAAAAGCGGGGACCAUAAACGUGGUGGAAGUGGAGUUGUCGAUUGUGAUAAAUUCCUGCCUUUCUGGGUCACUUGGGAUAAUGAUGUCAUACGAUUUGGGCGUGGCCACAUAUUAUAUGAGAAUGAAAUUCUAUCCUGGUCGGAUCCAGACUCUUCUUUGGAUAUAAAAUUUUUGGGACUUGGAACCUGGAGCUUUGAUAUUGAUUGGCAUAUCUAUCUUUCAUGAACAAAGAGAAAAAAAAUAUUUAUUUACAUGACGUUUUUUAACAUGAAUCAUACCAGCUGUAAGACUUUUGUUUUUUUUUUUAAGUUUUAAUUACAAAAUGUUUCCUAACUAUUUUAUAUGAAAUGUGUAUUAAAAGAUUGAUCAGUCAACAGGGGAUAAAUUUUGCUUCUUCUCACGCGAUCUACGCCAUGGAACUUUUACACGCCUAAUUCCCUAUUCACAUUUGCGAUUCAUUUUAUAUUGAUCACUUUUCAUUCUCUUUAUUUUUUUUUCAUCUACUGUGAAAUCACAAAUUUUCGUGGGGUCUAAUUUUCGAUGUUUUCGAAGUGAGAGGACACCCACGAAUUUAUGUCCACCACAAAACGAAAAAUGUGACAUACAUGGAUAUUCAACAAUUCUACAUCCACGAAAUCAAAUCCUCACAAACCAAAAGUUUUUCCUCAAACCACGAAAAUUUGACCCCACGAAAAUAUGUAAUUUUACUGUAUAUCACCUAUUUUUAAAACGCACAUGUUGUCUUUUUAUGAUAUCAACGUUUGUAAUUUUAGUCGGAUAUUAUGGAUCACCAUUGUCUAGAUAUGUUCAUCACAACGACCUUUCGUUUUUUUUAAAAACAUAUACUGAUUAAUUUAAUCUAUCGUGGAAAAGAGUAAAUCACAAAAUAAAUUCUUCACAAACAAGUCAAAACACUUUGCCCACGAACAGGGAUAUAAACUUAUUAAAAUGAUUUCCUAAUAAGCGAGACAAUGUGUUGAAAUAGUUAACACAGUUCUAUCCAAACUUACUUUUUAUUAAUCUGCACCAUGAUGAAUGAUGAAAAGGCUCUUCUUUGGAUUUUGGAAACACCUAUAAAUUUUAAAAGGUAUUGGCGCUUGAAAUUAAAAUAUAUCCAUUUCAG